GCGAGAAAAACAUGAACAAGCAAGGGCAGUACUACCAAAAUACCUCGUAUAGAAGGGGAAAAAAAAAAAUAAUUGCCUAGACGGAUCUACUUAUAUGUUGGCAUUGUGAAUAUGGAAUCAGCAUCACACUCCAAAGCUUAUUUAUAUUCAUUCUAAUUUUAAACUUGGCACUCUCAAUGACAUUUAACUAAGCCACUCAUGGAGAGAAUUAAAAUUCCAAGGCAUGCUAGCGUAGCCAUUCUAGUUUUGUUAGUCUUAUGGUUGCCUUCAACUGCAGCUUACGAUCCAAAAGCCAUGAAGGAGAGAUUUGAGAGUUGGCUGGCAAGAUAUGAUCGACAAUUUAAAAGUAGAGAGGAAUGGGCGUUUCGUUUUGGGAUUUACCAGAUGAAUGUUCAGUUCAUCGACUUUGUGAAUUCUCAAAAACGUUCCUACAAACUCACUGACAACAUAUUUGCAGAUCUGUCAAAUGCAGAGUUUAGAGCCAAGCACUUGGGCUACCAAUAUGUCUGGAAUCCACCUUUAGGCCCCAGAUAUUGCCAACACGGGGAUUUACCUGAGGAAGUGGAUUGGAGAGAGAAAGGUGCCGUGACUCCUGUCAAGGAUCAAGGCCAAUGUGGAAGUUGUUGGGCGUUCUCUGCAGUAGCAGCUGUUGAAGGUAUCAACCAAAUCAAAACAGGAAAAUUAGUGUCUCUUUCGGAACAAGAGCUUGUGGACUGUGACAUUGACAGUGGAAAUGAAGGAUGCAAUGGUGGAUUAAUGGAUAAAGCAUUUGAUUUCAUCAAAAGGAAUGGGCUCACCACUGAGACUAAUUAUCCUUAUAAAGGGACAGAUGGUACCUGCAACAAAGACAAAAAGAGAGAACAUGCAGUUGGAAUAAGCGGACAUGAGAAGGUACCCGCCAAUAACGAAAACGGUCUACAGGCAGCAGUUGCCAAACAACCUGUCUCUGUGGCAAUAGAUGCAGGUAGUUAUGAGUUUCAACUAUAUUCAGAAGGUAUCUUUGAUGGGCCAUGUGGAAAAGACCUAAACCAUGGAGUUACAGCAGUUGGGUAUGGAGAAGACAAUGGUAAAAAGUACUGGCUUGUGAAGAAUUCAUGGGGAACAGAAUGGGGCGAAUCUGGUUAUAUCAGAAUCUCGCGUGAUUCAAGAGAUAAAGAAGGCACAUGCGGCAUUGCCAUGGAGGCUAGCUACCCACUAAAGGCUUGAUAAGUGCUGAAGAUUAAUUGGCCUUUUCUGGUUCUAGGAUGAUACAUGUUAUCUUCAAACUUCAUACAAAAAGCCACGUAUUUUAUUAGGGUACUGAAAUCAAUAAGAAAUCUAUAUGAAACACAAAAGCAAUACAUUGCUAUAAGAUGGAAACUUAAAAUAGAACAAAGGAUCAUUCUUCAAGUUAACAAAGUACAUCAUGAACAACCCAACCAGUCUCAUUGCUUUUGAUUCUACCAGUCUCAUUGCCUUUUGAAUCUUCUACUUCCUUUUGCUAAUAUGAAAUUUCAUUGAAAAGACAUACCAAUACAAGUAUCAGGAAACAAAGGAAAACAAAAACAAUACCAACGGUUAUUGCGCUUGCAUGACUAUAAACAGUUACAUUGUAGAUGGCUAAGAACUGACUUCUGCUUAGUUACAUUAUAGAUGGCCAAGAACUGACUUCUACUUUCCCCUACUUUGAUUGACUGCUUAGCAUGUGAAGGAAAUGACUAGAAAACUAUGAACUUCGGAUAUUUGAGGGCUGAAUAAUUUGAGUCAAUAUAAUACCAAUUUUGAUCAUUCGUAUUUAGUCAGCUUGAGCUCCAUCAUCAUCAUCUAUGUGCUCUCUGGCGACACUGAAGCUCAUAAUUAAGAUACAUCAAAGAACUGAGAAGAUAGACACUUUUUACACACACACACACACGCACACACGCACACACACACACACACAAAGUACCCAAAAAAAAAAAAAAAAAAAAAAAAAAAGAAA